AUGGAUGGUUGCGAUGUCUUUGACACCCCAUUCGACGAGUUUGGAAGUUUACAGCUGGAAGAGAGAAGAGACAUAAGCACCACCACCAAGGGUACGCAAUCCUUUGGUAUGCGACAUACCAAGUCGCAUACAUUAUGUAGACGAUGUGGCAGACGAAGUUUCCACAACCAAAAGAAGACUUGUGCACAAUGUGGAUACCCUGCUGCAAAGACAAGGAAGUAUGAAUGGAGUGUCAAGGGCAAGCGUAGGAAAGUUACUGGAACUGGACGAAUGGCAUACAUGAAGCACUUGCCACGACGAUUCAAGAACGGUUUCCGUGAAGGUACCCAAGCUAAAAAGCUUCCUGCAGUGGCUGCUCCAGCCUCUUAA